CGGCGGCGGCGGCGAUGGCGAUGAUGCCUCUAGCCCUGCAUCCUCCCGGGCGGCGGGCGGAGCUGGGGUCCGGGCUGCGAUAUGGAGGAGGAGUGGCGGCGCUGCGGCCACCGGGCAGUUUUGUGCGCAGGCUUUUCUGCCUUGGGCCUCUUUUGUCAAGUAUCGCUCAUCUGUGAGUUGAGGCCCUGACUCCCUUCACACAGAAGGAAGUCAUCUCUCUCUGAAGAUGAACUCAACGGACCUCCCUCAGGAUGCUCCCAACACUACCCUGCUACAUGUGCCUCACUCCCAGGGAGGAAACAGCACUGCCCUCCAGGAAGACCUCCAGGACCUCAUCCACACGGCCACCUUGGUGAGCUGUACCUUUCUGCUCGCAAUCAUCUUCUGCCUGGGCUCUUACGGCAACUUCAUUGUCUUCUUGUCCUUCUUUGAUCCGGCCUUCAGGAAAUUCAGAACCAACUUUGAUUUCAUGGUCCUGAACCUGUCCUUCUGUGACCUCUUCAUCUGUGGCGUGACGGCCCCCAUGUUCACCUUUGUGUUGUUCUUCAGUUCAGCUAGCGGCAUACCGGAUGCUUUCUGCUUCACCUUCCACCUCACCAGCUCCGGCUUCAUCAUCAUGUCCCUCAAGACAGUGGCGGUGAUUGCCCUGCACCGGCUCCGCAUGGUGUUGGGGAAGCAGCCAAACCGCACGGCCUCCUUUCUCUGCACCUUGCUCCUCACCCUGCUCCUCUGGGCCACCAGUUUCACCCUCGCCACCUUGGCCACCCUGAAAACCAGCAACUCCCACCUCUGCCUUCCCAUGUCCAGUCUGAUUGCCAGAGAAGGGAAAGCCAUCCUGUCUCUCUAUGUGGUCGACUUCACCUUUUGUGUUGCUGUGGUCUCUGUGUCUUACAUCAUGAUUGCUCAGACCCUGCGGAAAAAUGCUCAAGUCAGAAAGUGCCCCCCUGUGAUCACAGUUGAUGCUUCCAGACCACAGCCUUUCAUGGGGGCCCCUGUGAAGGGAGGUGGAGAUCCCAUCCAGUGUACCAUGCCAGCUCUGUACAGGAACCAGAAUUACAACAAACUGCAGCACGUUCAGACCCACGGAUACACCAAGAGUCCCAACCAGCUGCCAACCCCUGCGGCCAGCCGGCUCCAGCUAGUGUCGGCUGUCAAUCUCUCCACGGCUAAGGAUUCCAAGGCGGUGGUCACCUGUGUGAUCAUUGUGCUGUCGGUCCUGGUGUGCUGCCUUCCACUGGGAAUCUCCUUGGUGCAGGUGGUUCUGUCCAGCAGGGGGAGCUUCAUCCUUUACCAGUUUGAACUGUUUGGUUUUACGCUUGUAUUUUUCAAGUCAGGAUUAAACCCUUUUAUAUAUUCUCGGAACAGUGCAGGGCUGAGAAGGAAAGUGCUGUGGUGUCUGCAGUACAUAGGCCUGGGUUUUUUCUGCUGCAAACAGAAGACUCGACUUCGAGCCAUGGGAAAGGGAAACCUCGAAGUCAACAGAAACAAAUCCUCCCAUCAUGAAACAAACUCUGCCUACAUGUUGUCUCCAAAGCCCCAGAAGAAAUUUGUGGACCAGGCCUGUGGCCCAAGUCAUUCGAAGGAAAGUGUGGUCAGUCCCAAGAUGUCUGCUGGACAUCAACACUAUGGUCAGAGCAGCUCAACCCCCAUCAACACUCGGAUUGAGCCGUACUACAGUAUCUAUAACAGCAGCCCGUCCCAGGAAGAGAGCAUCCCACAUAACUUACAGCCAGUAAAUUCUUUUGGAUUUGCCAAUUCAUAUAUUGCCAUGCAUUAUCACACCACUAAUGAUUUAAUGCAAGAGUAUGAUAGCACUUCAGCCAAGCAGAUUCCAGUCCCCUCUGUUUAGAGUCAUGGAGGCUAGAGAAUCUUAUAUGUUUUUGUUUCUGAUACUAGUUGAUUUUUUAAAAUUCUGUGAUACCAGAGGUACAUCAAAACUUAAAGACCUAGACAGUUGACACUAAUGACUUCCUUUUGUCUGAAGUAUUAGCAUCUAUUGGUUUGCUUUGCAGUUUCUUGACAUUUUAAGAGUUGAUGUAAAAGUUUAUUAUUUUACACCUGACCUGUGCUCCAA